AUGAAUGGAUCUGUAGUGGAAAGUGUAGAAGGUGAAAACAAUUCCUUUAUGCUAAUGCCAUCGGGCCCUUGUGCACACUUUAUUAGUCAGUCCUUUAAACAAAGAGUAGAUCCAGAAGGGUACGCUUGGGGAAAAGUAAGCAAAGAAAUGUGUGAAUUAUAUUGGGAAGAGUUUCAGAAAAAAUGUUGUUGGGAUGAAACAAUAGACUCACUGGUGAGGCAAGCUUGGGCAAGGAAAGCGGCAGAAAGUUAUGAAGAAUACAAGCUAAAAUCUGAGAAGAACAAGAAAAAUAGGCGUAACGGUGUGGCUGAUGGAGUAGCAAAACCUACAUAUAACGCAGGAUCUGCAAGUCAUUUGAAGAUUGCUUCUGAUUUGAAGAGGAAAUUAGGACGUGAUCCAUCCCAUAGUGAAUUGUUCCUGUAUAUACACACGAAGAAUGACGAUGGUGCGGCGUAUACAGAAAAACAGGAAGAGUUGGAAGCUGAAAGUGUUGAAUUUGAGGAGGACAAGUUAUUUUAUGCUGUUGUUGGUGGUCAUGAUAAAAAAAAGACUUUAUGGAUUACGCUCUUUUGCAAAGGCGGUUCCCAAUAG